CAGGGCUCCCGCGGGCGCCGCUCCGGCCAUCGUGCGACCCCACCGCCACCUGGGCCGCCCGGCAGGCAGGCGACGGAGGCCCGGGAGCCAUGGGCGACUGGAGCUUCCUCGAGAAGCUGCUGGACCAGGUCCAAGAGCACUCGACUGUGGUGGGCAAGAUCUGGCUGACAGUGCUCUUCAUCUUCCGCAUCCUCAUCCUGGGCCUGGCUGGUGAGUCGGUGUGGGAGGACGAGCAGUCGGAUUUUGAGUGUAACACGGCCCAGCCGGGCUGCACCAAUGUCUGCUACGACCAGGCCUUCCCCAUCUCCCACAUUCGCUACUGGGUGCUGCAGUUCCUCUUCGUCAGCACGCCCACCCUGGUCUACCUGGGCCACGUCAUUUACCUGUCCCGGCGCGAGGAGCAGCUGCGGCAGAAGGAGGGGGAGCUGCGGGCACUGCCGACCAAGGACCCACACGUGGAGCAGGCCCUGGCAGCCGUAGAGCAUCAGAUGGCCAAGAUCUCGGUGGCGGAGGAUGGUCGCCUGCGGAUCCGCGGGGCGCUCAUGGGCACCUAUGUGGCCAGCGUGCUCUGCAAGAGCGUGCUAGAGGCCGGCUUCCUGUACGGCCAGUGGCGUCUCUACGGCUGGGCCAUGGAGCCCGUGUUUGUGUGUCAGCGCCCACCCUGCCCCUACCGCGUAGACUGCUUCGUCUCGCGCCCCACGGAGAAGACUAUCUUCAUCAUCUUCAUGCUGGUGGUCGGACUCAUCUCCCUGGUGCUCAACCUGCUGGAGCUGGUGCACCUGCUGUGCCGCUGCCUCAGCCGAGGGGAAAGGGCCCGACAGGGCCAGGACGCCCCCCCAGCCCAGGGCACCUCCUCGGAGCCUUACGAGGACCAGGUCUUCUUCUACCUCCCCAUGGGCGAGGGGCCCUCAUCCCCCCCAUGCCCCACCUACAAUGGGCUCUCGUCCAGUGAACAGAACUGGGCCAACCUGACUACGGAGGAGAGGCUGGCUUCUUCCAGGCCCCCCCUCUUCCUGGACCCACCCCGGCAGAGUGGCCGGAAAUCCCCCAGUCGCCCCAGCAGCUCUGCUUCCAAGAAGCAGUAUGUGUAGGAGCCUGGGGUUGUGUCACCCAACAGUGCGGCCCCGGGAAAUCUGGCUGCCUCAGAUGCCCUCUCCUUGCAGGCUCUGCGGAGAUGACUGGGGCUGGGGAACAGGUGCUUGCCAGCCACAGGGCCUCAUUGCACGUUGAUCUUGAACACCUGGAGUCCUCCUAGUGCCCAGAGGGUGCCACAGUUUCCCUUGCAGAUGAUAGCUUUGCCCCAGGCACGGAGAGAGCCAGUUUGGGGUGCUCUUGGCCAAGAGUGAUGUGGGCCAUCUGGCCCUCUUCACCUGGAUCAGAGGGACCCAGAGACAAUUUACCCCACCCCACCUUCAUGGAAGAUGCACCUCCACCAGGUUGUCCUCACACUCUGUCCUCCUGGGAAAAGGCUGCUCGAGGCUGCUGGGUGGGCCUUGAUCACACACACACAGAGCCUGUGCUGGAUUCGGCCCUGUCAAGAGGACUGGUGUCUUGUUGUUGUCACUCCUGCCUAGUUCUGCUGUUUAUGCUUCUAAAAUAAACAGGACUUGACCACAA